AUGUUUGAUGCGAAACAAGUUGAUGUGGAUUCGAGGGUGGACGAAAGAUGCUGGUGUGUGGCACAUAAUAGUAUUCAUCGUUUUCGACAUGGUUCCGGUUUCGCACUGGGAGAGCGGCAUUUGGAUGCGAUCUCAAGGCUGAGCUCUCUAAUGAUUUCCAGACCCGUGGAUUCUAGUCGUACUUCCCAUCAAGAUGCGUUGCAGAGAUGCAUUGAGCACGCCAAUAAUUGGAUUUGCAAGUCUGAGAAGAAGAUUGAUCCGAAUAGCGAGUUUACUUAUUCUGAUGUGAGAGAGAUGGUGACAAAGAUUAUGGGUUUAGGUUUCUUCAAAAAUACUCCAUUUGCUGGACUUGAUAAAUAUGAUCUAGGGCAGGAUCGUUUGAUGGGUAUUGAUAAAUAUGAUCUAGGGCUGGAUCGUUUGAUGGGUUCAGAACAUCUAGAAAAGAAUGAAAUUACAAUCGGGUAUUAUAGUUCUGAUUUCGAGGAUGAUGGUGAUCCUUUGUGGGACUGUCUAUCAGGGCGUGGCAGUGACUAAUGCACACCCUGGAGGGAGAGGGACCCACACCCCCUUUUACUUAGUUUAACCCAAGUUUGUUUCAAAGUUUCAAAGUUUAUGUGAGAUAACUGACAUUCCUUUUUAAUUUGUUUUUUUUCCUGGUU